GCUAAACAGCGCGAAAGUUCCCGCCGCACAGCCCCAGAAGAGCGAUAUCUCGCUUUUAUAUUCAAUUUUGGCCUAUUUCGGUCAGUUGUUUGGUUGGAAAUCGAAGGAACUCCGCCGUCGGACGUGAUUCCCGAUAUGGCAGAUCCUUCGACUGAUGUGGAAACGAUUACUUCCGACACAAAAUGCACAAACAGCGAGCAGUGCGUUGGCAUCAGCAUGGACGAGGUCGAAGCAGGCACACCUCUAGAGGAGCGGCUACUUGUGGAUCAGGACCUGUAUUAUCGCGAGCCGAAACCACUGAUGAAGACCUACACUCGGCGCCGAACGAGUCCGCACAUAGUGAUUGAAAGGUGCUCUCAGGCCGAAAAAAUGGUCAAGGAGCAGAGCAUCCCGCUGAAGGAGAUCACGCAGACCCGCAAGAGGAGAAGCAGUCAACACUCGCUUCCGGUCGGAGGCAUUGAGUCACCUAAGCGAGCACGCAACUCCGAAGGGGCCAUCAACGAUGAAAACAAGAGAACCACGAGGAGCAUUUCUUUAAGGUCCAGAUCGUGCAGUUUGGGAAAGUUGGAAACCACUGAAAGCCAACUAGAUGACGAAGAUAAAACCUUGGCAAAUGUUAGCAAAGAAUCUCUUAUAGAAUUUUCUGUCAAUUUGCAGGUCAUAAAAACCACUGAAAUUGAAGAAUCAGUGGUGGAUAAAGUUGAAGAAGAGGAAAAACCGGAAAUAUUUCCUGCAGUUCCUAUUCAACCAGAUUCCCUGUGUCCGGAAAAAACGGAGGAGGUAGAGGAAGUGCUUGUAAAGAUGCCUCCAAGGCGUUCACUGCGAGUGCAACCAAAUUGCCAAAAACCAGAGUUAGAGCCCAUACAAGUGGUCCAAAAAUUAUCUGCACAGUUGCCACCUUCCGCAAAGCCACCGCAUACUCCCAAAGGAAGGGAGCUCAGGACCCGGUCUUGCAACACAACGCCCAAAACUUAUGAGGAAGAUUGCUCCUCGUCUGUGGCUCUAGAUUCCACCUUGGACAUGUCCUCCUACAUGGACUCUGAUUCGGAAUAUGAUUUUGAAAACGAUAUUGCUGCAGAUGAAGAGGAAUACGGGGUCGAUUCCUGGCUCGAAAAGGACGACGAUGAUGACAGCGUUUCCUGGGACGGCGAAUUUGAGCUAGUCCCCAAUGCAGAUAAAUCUGCAAAAUAUAAAGAAAUUGAAAAGGAUUUGGACGAGAUUUCCACGCCAGAUUCUGGAGCUGCCAGUUCUGUGGGGUGUGAAGAGCCCAAAAUUCCAUUGAAUGUUAAGCUGCAGGUUGGGGAAGACUCUGAUGAAUAUAAAAUUGGUCAGCCAGUGUUGGCUAAACUUGGAAGAUGGCCAUUCUGGCCGGCCUUUGUCAUUCCUUUUGAUGGACAACACAAGAGAAUGGGAAAGUCAUUAGAAUACCAUGUAGUAUUUUGUGGACAAAAGCAUCUCAGGUCCUGGAUCGGCAUCAAACAUCUGGCUCAUUGCGAGACCUUGGCAGACUACAACAAUUUGUUGGAGAACUGCAAGGAGAAGCAGAAUCCUUUCCAGGUCUUGAAAAAGUUCAAAAACGACUGGAAAGUGUCAUUAGACGAGAUGCUGCGGGUCAAAAAUGAGGACAGAUCGCUGAUCCUUGAAAUGUAUGAGGUGAAGAAGGAGGAACCAAAGCGAAAGGUUCAGAAAAUAACACCAGAGGAGAAGCAGCAGUUGAGGGUGCACUUGCAGACCCUGAGGAAGGCCGAAAGGGAAGAACUGAAGAAGGCAACCAAGAUGAGAAGGGCCAAAAUGAUUGAGCUCAAGAGACUGAGAAAACAGAAACUCAUGGAAGAAUUGCGGAGGAUCAGAGCAGAGGCUAAGGGGCACAUUACCCGGACUGUCUGUUUUAAGUGCCGGGAUCACAACAACAAAACAGCCGUGGUGCGGUGCAGCCAGUGCGACUACUUCUACCACCACACCUGCGAGCCUCUCUAUUCUCCAGACUUAACAGCAGAGGCCUUCGUGUGCACCUACUGUAAGACAGCGACGAUGCCCUGUCACAUCUGCUACUCGCACUCGCCUGACAUGCUCAAAUGCCGCGUAAAACGUUGCCAAAAGCUAUACCACGCCACCUGCCUUGAUUUCAAGUGGCAGCAGGCCAGCAUAUUGGACGGCAACUUGAUCUCUUGUCCGGCACAUUCGUGCCACUCAUGCAUUCACCGAAGCAUAGUUGAGUACAAGAAGAAAAUCGAGCCAAGGGAGAAGCUGGUCAGGUGCACCGUGUGCCCUGGCACCUACCACAAAGACGAAGAAUGCAUUCCAGCUGGCGCUGUCAGGAUCAACUCUCAUCAAAUACUGUGCCCGAGACAUGUUGACAUCCAGAACAAACCACGGACAUAUCUUUGUCAGAUUUGCGUCAAACCAUUCACCAAUGCACAGUUUGAGGCCAACAAGGUUCGUAGCUGUCAAACAUGCCCGUGUUUGUACCACUUGGACUGUCUGGACGAAGAGGAUGAGCAGCUGAUGGCGGCGGACCAGUUUGUGUGCAUCUACUGCCGCGACGGCUUCUUCCCCAGGGCCGGCGAUGUGGUGUGGGCUAAGUGCGGAAGCAGCAGGUGGUGGCCGGCCAAGGUGCUCAACCGCACCGCCUACCCUGAGAACAUGCUGACUGUGAAACACACGCCUGACAUGUUCAUCGUCCGCUUCUACGGCACCAAUGACCACUCCUGGGUCAGCAACAAGUCCACAUUCCUCCUGCAAAAUGAGGAUGAUGUGGCUUCUACUGGCAGCUCAUCAAGCAAAGACCAGAAGUUCCAGAAAGGACUAGAGGAAGCUAUUCAAGAGGUUCAGAACCGAGAGCUGUACUUUGAUACCAAAGUUCCUCUUCAUUAUGACUCUGGAAUGGACAAGAAACCAGGCAACUACCGACGCAUCAAGAACAACAUUUAUGUGAAACCUAGUCGGCCACUGAAGGAGAUGGAGGAUUUUGAUGAGACCUGCAGGUGCAACCCUGAAGAGCCAGAUCCCUGUGGCGACGGCUGCGUGAACAAGGGACUAAAAAUCGAGUGCUCAAAAGAGUGUCUGUGCAAAGAGCUAUGCCAGAACCAGCGGAUGCAGAGGCACCAGAACGCGCCCACUGAGCUCAAACACAUGGGCACUAAAGGCUGGGGCCUCACCGCCCUUCAAGAUCUUAAGCAAGGAACCUUUGUCAUCGAAUAUGUGGGCGAAGUUUUAACCAAAGAAGAGUUCCAAAGGCGCAAACAAGAGUACAUUAACAACAAGGAGCGUCACUUUUAUUUCCUUGAGCUCAGCGGCAACCACUUUAUCGACGCUAGAAACAAAGGCAACCUCAGCAGGUUCAUUAACCACAGCUGCGAGCCAAACUGCGAGUCUAGCCACUGGAUGGUGUCUGGCGAGCGUCGGGUGGGUCUAUUCACGUUGCGAGAUGUGAAAGCUGGAGAAGAGCUGACGUUCAAUUACGGCUGGCGCUCAGACGGCAGCAAUAACCAGCAAUGUCUGUGUGGCGCUGAAAGUUGCUCAAAGUCGCUGGCCAUGGAAAAGCUGAAAAAGGGCGAUCCAAGCCUGCCCAGUAAACCCAAGGGCAAGGUGUCGAUGAGCAAGAAAAAGGCAGAAAAAUCCAAAGAACCUUCAACCGUGACAAGCUGUGAUGUUUGCUCUUCUAAAUUUGUGAGUAGCAAGGAUUCCGUCAUUUGUGGUAAAUGUUACGAGGAGCAAGAGUUUUAAAAUUUAUGUUAAGUCCAAUCGUUCAUGUAUUCUUUUUGAGCCACUAUCUUUCAUUUGGGUGAACUCAUGUAGAGAAAAAAAACAGUACUGUUCUUCAGAAAAAGAUGAAACUUCAGAAGUGGAUUGUUUUUAAGUAUCGUGAAAAUGAUUUUAAGCGAAUAUUUUGCUGUGUUAAGUGUUCUAUUGCACUUGCAUUAGGUUCAAACAGAUUUAGCGAUCUGAAUGUCAACUUGAGCAGAUCUCAGCAUUUUGUUCACAUGGACUUAUCUAACACAUUCAUAGCUGAUAUAAAAAGUCAAUAUUUUUCA